AUGGCAUCGACCACCCCGCGCCCACACACCCGCCACAACUCGCACUCGCUCGUCGACGACACCCCGACCCGCCCGCCGUCCGGCGCAUCCUUCAACACGACCACCCUCACCUCGCUCAAGCCACAGCGCAGCGCGCAGCACACUCACCAGCAAAAGAUGCACUCUCUCGGCGGGUACGCGGGCGGACAGCGUGCGGGGCUCGCGCAGAUGGACACAAACAGGGCGGGCGGCGACAGGCCAAACAGUCGGGGCAGCGGCUUCUCGCUCAAGGCGUCCGACCUCGACGGGCUCGGAGCAGGUGCAGGGCACGCGUACGUCAUCGAGGCGGACAACACCGAGCUCGCGCGUAGGAGGGCAGAGGCGAGUUUCCAGCGCGAGAUGGAGGAACUGCGCAACGCCCGCCUCUCGUCAACUUCCGGGUCGUCCGUCGACGGUGAGGAGCAGCGCAACAGGCGCUUUGACGACGAGUCGGCGUCGUCCACGAGCGAUGCGAGCCGGUCGAGCGCCAGCAGCUUUGGCAGCCUCAAGAUCGGGUUGACCGGCACACGCACCACCGCUCAGCACCAGUCUCUCGCCGCUGCGCUCGACGACAACAACGCCGAGACGACGGACGACAACUUGACGUACAUGACGAUCCCGCGGACGGACGAGUCGCCCGUCGCCUCGCCCGCCAGGCCGGCUGCUCCCGCAACUACAGCCGCCGCUCCUGCGCCGGCUCGCUCGUCUCCCUUCUCGCGCGCUCCAGCAGCAUCGACGAACCUUUUCGCCUCUCCUCGCCCGUUCGUCUCGUCCGCCGCCGCAACCGCCGGCACAACCCCUCUCUCCUCCUCUCCUCGUCCUCGGCCCUCCUCCGCCACCAACAACGAGAACGUCCCUCCCGCCCGCUCCGCCUCGUACCCCUCGAUCCCUCCACCCCGCACAUCCCCCUUCCACUCCUUCUCCCCCGCCGCUCCCUCGCCCGCUUCAGCUCCUAACACGACUACCACGACGGGGGUGUCGAGUCCGUCUUUCGUGGCGCGGUCGCCGAAGAAUGGUUCGGCGCAGGCAAGGUCUCCGCUCCAAUCUGUUCAGACCAGUCGAACAGGCGGCGUAGUGAUCGAAGACUACGUCACCUCCUCGGACGGCGAUGACGAUCGCGACAAUGCAGCGAACAGGAGUACAAGGAGCGUGAGGACGGCGUUGCCGGACAAGACGGGGUUGACGGAGUUCUUGAGGAGUCCGGAGAAGGCGAGGAGUGGGGUCACGCCGGCGAGGAGGAGGAUGCCCGCGCAGGCACAGGCGGGACAGAGGGGCGAAAGCGGGUCGAGUAGCGAGGGGAGGAGGAGUACGGAAGCCAACCUCCUCACCAACGCCCUCUCCUCCCUCACCUCGAAACUCGCGCACCUCGAAUCCGAGAACGCCUCUUCCGCCGCGCGCGUCGCCGAACUCGAAGCUCGGUUGCGGGCUGCUCAGCACUCGCAGAAUCAGAACCAGGUCAGAGACAGGGUAGAUGAGGACGAGAGGAGGAAGGUGAGAGUUGAGGUGGAGAGGUUGUUGGGCGAGGAGAGGGAGAGGAGGGAAGAACUCGAGCAAGUCGUCAAAUCCCUUCGCGCUCAGAACGCCCACCUCGACGCAACCCUCGCCUCGCACCGCACCUCGCUCGAUGCGCUCCGGCGCCAAGCCUCGUCCGCCGCCGCCGCCGCCGCCGCCACCGCGCAACCCACCUCUUCUCCCAAGCCGCGCGAAACGGACUACGCCCUCCGCUCCGAAGUGCAAGACCUGAAGCACGCGCUCUCGGCGCUCGGCUUCGAGGUUGAUGGAGUUCGGGCGGUCGUGGAGGAGUUGUUGAGGGACAAGGAGGAGCGAGAUGCGGGGAGGAAGUGGGAGGCUGAAGAAGAGGAGAGGAGGGAACAGUUGGCUCGUCGUCAGGAGAAGGAGGAUGAGCGGACGCCCAAGCCUGCGAGAAUCAGGAAGGAUGGAGUCGGUGUCGGUGUCGGCGACGUCCCUGAGACGCCAGUUAGCGAGGAGAGUUGGAUCAGUAGGGAGGAGGUCGAGGCGCUCAGGCGGGAUGUCGAGCGCGAGGAGGCGAGGCGGAUGAGCAAGUCGAAGAGCAAGCCUCGCCAUUCGGAUCCCGUUCUCGCUCCCGCCGAACCCUCGUACGACUCGACUUACGUUCCUUCCUACUCCGAAGAAGCGUCCGAGGCUUCCUUCGUCAGCGCCACGUCCGCCACGACCCUCUCCGCCACCUCAUCCUUCGACUCUGCCGACGAGCCCGAUUUUGCACGUGCUGAGCGGAUUUUCGAGUCAGUCCUUUCGCACGAACAUCGCCGCAAGACUCGCCCGUCAACUCGUGCGCGGAAAGAUCGCGUCGUGCUCCUCGACGAGCCAAGCGCAAACUUGUGCGCGAACUGCCACGGGCGUAAGCAGGGCCUCAAGGGUGCUUCGCCGACUUCGAGGCGGAGGAGUCGCGGAGACGGAGCCGACGCGGACGAGGAGGACCUCGCGCCCGUUGACGAGGAGCGCGAGAGGCGGAGACGGGAGCGCAAGGAGCGUGAGCGGGUCAAGGUCGAGGAGAGGGAGAAGAAGGCACGGCGUGAGGCGGCUGAGAAGGAGCGACGGGCGAGGGAGAAGAAGGCGAGGGAGCGUGAAGAGCACAGGCGGACGCUCGAGGCUGUGCUCGACCGUCUUGAGGAGGACUUUGCUGUCCAGAAGAAGAUCUACUUCGAGUUGACCGCCGAGUACCAGGCGAUGACUUCGCGGACCGACACGAACAAGCGUCGCAUGCUCGCCACCCACCUCAAGAAGAGCAUCGACGUUCUCGAGGAGAAGGCUCGCGAGGUCAAGCGCUACGCCGACGCUCUCGAGGAUAUGUACGAGACGAUGCACGCCCAGACUUGCCCGCAGCGAAAACACCACGCUGUCGUCUGA